GAUUGGAGGGAAUGUGGCGGAGUAAGUCCGGUGAAGGACCAAGGUCAUUCGUGUUCUUCUUGCUGGGCUUUUAGUGCCAUUGCAAACAUUGAGAGUCAGUUUUGGAUGAAAGGUUAUACCUUCAUCCUUUCAGAGCAGUUCCUAUUAGAUUGCAACACUAUGGGCGCUGAUUGCAAUCGCACGGUCAGCGUUGUCCACACGUUUGCUGAUAUAAUAGCGAAUCUCGGAGGUGUGCCAUUCGAGUCACACUACCGGCCGUACAGUGAAACAAAAUUGCAAUGCCCACAGCACAAGCCUCGGUUGGUGAACGUGGUUGGGCUGGAGCGAAUCAGGCCAGGAGAUGAGGAUGCAAUGGCUAAAGCUUUGAGGAAACAUGGCCCGCUUUCUGCUGGUAUUAACGACAAAAUGAUGCUAAAGCCUCGCCACGCUUUAGACAUAGACGAGCCCACGGAGGAUCAGUGCCCGCCGGGAGAUCGGAACCACGCCGUACUCAUAGUUGGCUACAGCGUCGCUUAUAGCUCUGAUGGCCGAACGGUGCCAUAUUGGAUCAUCAAGAACUCUUGGGGGACGGACUGGCCGCAGGGGGACGAGGGGUACUACUACCUCCGUCGCGGGACCAACGCCUGUGGCAUCGCCAUGGACGUGUCUUACGCUCAAGUUGCAAUAGAUAGCCCAUAG